AGGACUCCGUCAUCACCGAGAUGACCUCGACCCUCAGAGACUGGGGGGCGAUGUGGAAGCAGCUCUAUGUGAAGAACGAGGGGGACCUGUUUCCACCGGCUGUGGCACGUGAUGAACGAGAUCCUGGACCUGCGGCGGCAGGUGCUGGUCGGCCAUCUGACAAAACGACCGCAUGAGGGACUUCAAGCAGCACAUCACGGCCCGGCUGGACUGGGGCAACGAGCAGCUCUGCCUGGACCUGGUGCCCCGGAGGGAGUUCAGCAUGGUGGACCCCGACGAGAUCAGCGUCACAGAGCUCUACAGACUGAUGGAGCACCGUCAUCGUAAGAAGGACACCCCCGUGCCGGCCAGCACCCACCACCUCUUUGUCAACAUGAAGAGCUUAAUGGGCGCCAACCUGGGGGAGGAGCUGGAGGUCUUCUUCCACAUCUAUGACGGACGGGAGAAUAAACCAAUCAGUGAGCGAUUCUUUGUGAGACUCAAUAAGACUGGAGUGCCCAAGUCCCCGGAGAAGACGGAGAGACAAUGCACUCUGUUUGUGGAUCUGGGCAGCAGCGACCUGAGGAAAGAUGUUUACAUUGUGGUUCACAUCGUCAGAAUAGGGAGGAUGGGCACGGGGGAGAAGAAGAGCCUGUGUAGUGUUCAGUACCGCCGCCCGUUUGGCUGUGCGGUGGUCAGCAUCGCAGACCUGCUCACCGCAGACUCCAAAGACGACCACCUGCUCAAAGUCUACUCGUGUACCACGGAGAGCGAAUGGCACCAGAUCCACGAGAACCUCAUCAAGAAGGCCAGCUCCCGAUACAACCUGUCUGGCUCCAACACCGGCUUGUCGGUGGCUCUCCAGCUCCUUCACGGGGACAUAGACCAGCUGAGGAGAGAGUACCUGGUCCUGUUCAAGCGCGGUGUCUCCAUCACCAGGAAGCUGGGCUUCUCUGAUGUCAUCAUGCCAGGAGAGAUGCGCAACGACCUCUACAUCACCCUGGAGAGGGGCGAGUUUGAAAAGGGCGGGAAGAGCGUGGCGCGCAACGUGGAGGUGACCGUGUACGUGCUCGACAUCGACGGGCAGAUCCUCAAGAGUCACGUUGCGGCGGGGUCUGGUGAGCCCGGUGGGGACGACUACCACUCGCUGGUGCUGUACCACAACAACACCCCCCGCUGGGCGGAGCACGUCAAGCUGCCCAUCCCCGUGGACAUGUUCCGCGGCUCGCACGUCCGCUUCGAGUUCAGACACUGCUCCAGUGAGUUGUGCAUGUGUCUGUGUUAG